AGCAAUGCAAACAUGAAAGAAAAGAGCCCCGCCACCGCCUCUACACUUGGACGGAUUCUAGCUACUUGUUCUAAGCAGGUUUGCUCGGCAGCUAUACUUACCUCGUCUUGGUUUGGGGUAAUUAACUUAAAAGUGCACUUUUAAGUUAAUUACCAGAGACUACGGAAGCUGUGUUGCAUCCAAAGUCCCCGAGGUUGAAAGAGACUUGUGCUUUAAAGAGUUUCUUGCACUGAAGAACUGUAUGCAGCAUACGAUCCGUGGAAAGGCUUGAAUCUCCAUUAUAUUAUCCUUCUCUUUCGAGGCAUUUCUUAUCACUGCUUAUGUUAAGAUGGUUUCAAGCUCACAGCCAAGUGUCGGCUCGGGUGGUUUAUCACAUGCCUAUAUACAACAUCCAUCCCUACGUUGCAAUAUUCCUGAAUCCAGGGGGUUGUUCUAUGAUGAUGCCAACAGAUUGCUAAUUUCUACCACAUCUAGUCAAGACUUUUCAUGGCAGACAUCUCCCUUUAACCCAGAUGCAUCUCCUUCAGUUGAUUCUAUAUGUGAAGGGCCUAUUAUUCACGGGUUGGGUGUUUCACCUAUCCUCUCUAUCAGAUUCUCUAUUGAUAAAAAAGUGAUAGCUGUCCAGAGAUCCGACUGUGAAAUACAGUUUUUUCAUCGAGAAACCAAGCAGAUACUUAACCACAAAUGCAGGGCAGGAUCAGAGAGUAUUCUCGGAUUCUUUUGGAGCGACUCUCCACUAUGUGAUCUUGCAAUUGUAAAAACCAGUGGCAUGGACUUGUUUGCUUGUGAUUCUAUGUUGAAUCUGUGUUUGGUGGAAACCAAGAAAGUGAAUGUGAAUUGGUACAUCUACACACAUGAAACUCGACUGGUUCUUCUUGCAUCAGGAUUGCAAUGCAAGACAGUUACUGGAUUUCAGCUUUCCACUGCAGGGGUUGUUCUUUUACCGAGAUUUGAGAUGACCAUGGCUAGAUCUGAAUCAAACAGCCAAACUAUUCUUUAUAGUAAUUCUUUACCAUUCUCUUUCAGCUAUGGCCGAAUAUAUUGCUUACAAGUGGACAGGGAGGCUAUGCAACUCCAUACAUACACAAGUUUGGCUUUGUUCUUUCUUCAUUCAUUCAUUGGAUCUUUUUUACAGGGUUCUUUACCAAUGUACUCGAGUAAAUUGUCGGUGAGUGUGGUUGACAAUUUACUGCUUGUGCACCAAAUCGAAGCAAAGGUUGUUAUCAUCUAUGACUUAUUUAUGGAUUCUCGAGCUCCUGUGUCUGCUCCUCUUCCUUUGCUGUGGAGGGGUCACCAAGGCUCAGACACAUCGUCUCUAGCGGCUAACAAAGAAAUUGAGAGCCCAGAAUCAUCCACAAGCAGUGAAAACAUAGUCAUGUAUGAAGAUGCAUGGACCUUUCUUGCUCCAGACCUUAUUCUGGAUCAGACUAACAAGGUUCUGUGUAGGGUACAUCUGGAUCUUGAGGCAAUUUCCGCUAGCAGCUCAGACAGUACGUCCCUUCUAGAAUUCCUGCAACGAAGGAAGUUGGAAGCAAAUAAGGCCAAACGACUGUGCUUAGGGAUAGCAAGGGAUGUUAUUUUGGAGCGGAGACCAGCAACCCAGGUCACGCAGGCAAUAGAUGUACUGGUCAAAGCAUAUUCGUACUCGGUUAAAGCUGGUACAUACAAAGAGUUGAAGAAUGACAAAGACACUGCAAGUGCAUCUCCUGUUAAAACCAUUAAAUCUAUAGAUAACGAAAGGCACAGUCCAUCUGGAAGCAGUAUUGAUGAAGAAGUUGAAAUGAACCUACCAUCUGAUUCAAAUGAGAACAUGUUUUGUGCUGACGAGCAGCAGGGAUCUCAACUUUCGUCACCAGCCAUUUCACCUGAUGAGCUCUACAAGUUUGUGUUUGCUUCUGUGGAGGAAAUGAUGGUUGAUGAAUCUGACUAUCUAGUUGCUAUCGUAACUGAGUUCCUUCGCAGUAUAAGCGCAGGGAAACUCAAAGUGGAUCUCAACAUUUAUGUGAUGACCAUCAGACUGUUAUUAACUCAUACUAAACGAUUUGCAGAACUGUCGUUAUUCAUCACAAACAAGAUAAUCGAACCAUCAAAGGAAGUCGCGCUCCAACUUCUCGAGAGCGGUCGCCAAAACCCGAGGGUAAGGAAACUUGGACUUGAUAUGCUGAGACAGCUCUCGUUGUACCAUGACUACAUCUCCUCACUCGUGCAAGAUGGAUACUAUCUUGAAGCUCUGCGUUAUGCUCAGAAGCAUAAGGUGACGAGUGUGCGAUCUUCGCUGGUUUUGGAAGCAGCAUUUGCGUCUAAUGAUAUGCAGCAUUUGGCUGCAAUAUUGAGGGUCUUGUUGGAAUUGAUUCCAGGAUUUAAAGAAACUGCCGAAUAUUACACAUGAUAUGGUCUUCUUAAUGAGACCAGUUCCCCAGUUGCUGUCGGAGAUUAA